AUGUAUGUCGGUCCUCAUGUCUCAGGAGCUGAUGUUGUCCCAAGGAGAAUUCUAAUAAGGAUUAUUGGAUUAAUGGCAAGUCUGUUUACUAGUAUUGAAAGUGAUGUAAAGUUUGGUGGGGGGCCUGUCGAGCUUGUGCUCUUGCACCAAUACUUUUCAACACGAGCAUGGAGUGGGUACUGGACCAAGAUCCAGGAGUUUAGGGGCCAACUAAGAGAUCCUGUUCAGUCGGUAUGUGCUAGCAGUGAGAACAUCGAGGUCACAGAGAGCUUUAUAUAUCUCGGUAGUGCAGUUUAUGACACCAGGCUAUUCGCCCCUCCUGAUUGGCUGACACGCGACCCCGACAGCUGCCGGCCGAGCACCAACAUCGCCUUCCUCAAGACUCACAAAUGCGCUUCGUCCGCCGUGCAGAACAUCCUCUUUCGCUAUGGAUACGCCCACGGCCUACGCUUCGCCCUCCCUGACUACGGCAACUACUUCGGAGGGGCGGUGACCUUCGACGCUGACAUGGUGCGCCUCACGCCCUGGUACAAACUCGGGGUCAACAUCUUCGCCAUACACACCAAGUGGGACUACGAGCAGGUUAAAAGCGUGAUGCCCAAUGACACUGUAUACUUCUCCAUCGUCAGAGAACCAAGUGAACUGUUCGAAUCGCUCUACACGUACGCUGAGUUCGAGAAGUUUUACAAGAAAUCACUGGAGGAAUUCGUAGAGUCGGAAGAUGUAGACGGCGACAGAUUCCGAAAAUAUCUGUGGUAUAAUCAAAUGGCCUGGGAUUUCGGUCUGCCGGGGGAAGCGAUAAAGGACCUCGACGCAGUGCAGCGAAUGGUGGACUUGGCCGACGAGCAGUUCGGGUUGGUGAUGGUCACGGAGAGAAUGGACGAGUCACUGGUGUUGCUCAGUCACUUCCUCUGCUGGGAUUUGAGUGACGUGGUUGUGCUCAAAGUCAACGCGAGGAGUUCAAAGUUCAAGACAAGCCUAAGCGCCGAGACACAAGCAACCCUCAAAAGAAAGCUGGCGCCAGACUACCUUCUGUACGAGCACUUCCUCAGAAAGUUCGACCGGCUGGUGGAGCUCUUCGGCAGAGAAAGGAUGGAUAGGGAGGUUGCCAAGUUAAGGAACCACAUGGAGGAGCUCUUGCAGAAAUGUAACUUCCUGAAGAAGAAAUCUGCAGACAUGAGGGGGCCUAAUAAACCGUGGUCUGAAAUGGUCGAAGGCUACAAACCGGACUCCAACAACAGAUCGUGUGAGCUAUUCUCGCAAUCUGAGAUCUCCUUCAUAAACCUCCUUCGCGGACGCCAGAAAAUGGAAGCUUUGCGAAGGUUCGGAAGAGACUCCGUUCUUGGUCUCGACGCCCUCCCGUUAGGAGCUGAAGCCCUGGGAAGCCCCGCGAGCAUGAUGGAAAGAAUUAACCAACUCAAGAGGAAACUAGUCUACAAGGAGGGUUCCGAGGGAGGGUUGGGAAUUAUCAAAGAAGAGGCUGUGUACCUUGAUCUGUUGAUGUAUUACAGUCACUAA